CGAGUCUAUUCCGUAGUAGCUAUACUUCAAACGACAAAGUACGCGUGACGUAAUGACAUAAUGACAAGACCUCGAAGAGUCGAAAACUUUGUCAACUUGAGUGGCUCCGACUCGGAGUGGUCCGGAACAAAGACCUCUUCACCACGAACUUCCAGGACAACUUUUUGGGGCUCAGCAAUGUCAACAGCAACGACGAUUCAUUUACACGAAAGUCGUCACCUAAACCUUGACUCAAUUUACAACUUGGGUCAUUCACUACCAUUUUUGCUUGUCCAGGUAUCUGCCACCUGCGCUUAUCUAAGUCAAGAAUUUUAUCAGUGCAUACACCCUCCACCGCACCAAACUCCACUCGUCCGUAGCUCGUUACUCGCUUCUUCUUCGGUGAUUGAAGGUGCGGUUUUGGCACCCACGCCUUCAUACGACCACAAUUGUCUUUUGCCAAAGCUCGCCCGCCUUCCCUCCACCAAAUUCAUUAUACGUUUUCCUACCGACAACGCCAGACACGCUGUCACUGAGUUAUUCAACACCGAUAUUUCCGGCCUUAACCACUCAUAUCUAUCGGCGUCAUCAUCGCUAUGCAUUCAAAAACACGAGCCUGCGCCAAUACCACCGUCAUCAUCCUCAUACUCGCGAACACCAACAAUGGCUUAGACGUGAUGUCUGUUUCGGUAUCCCUCGUUAAACUUGGACAAGCUUUAAAAAAACAUGAAGACAUGUCCCCUUCAUUUUCUUUUCCUUGGAAGUAAAACUUUCUUAUGUCUCCUUACGUCAUGUGUUGUCUUGCGCUCUAUCCUUCAGAAAGUAUGGUCCAUUCAACUGACGUUAUUUAGUGAAGGUUGGAUACCGCAAACUGUAUUGGAGAAAGUUACGAAUCUUUUAGGUAUCAUCGUCUUCAUUGUCCUACUUUUGGCUGACUUCGU